ACAUACACAAACCGAGAAAACUCGCAUCGACCGAAAAGCUUAGUCGUCGUCUUCUUCUUCUUUCGUUUCUUGUGGUAUUUUCUAGCUGUGUGAUCGAUGGCGAAGGGCGAGGGGCCAGCUAUCGGGAUCGACCUCGGCACCACCUACUCGUGCGUCGGGGUGUGGCAGCACGACCGGGUGGAGAUCAUCGCCAACGACCAAGGCAACCGCACCACCCCAUCCUACGUCGCAUUCACCGACACCGAGCGCCUAAUCGGCGACGCCGCCAAGAACCAGGUCGCCAUGAACCCCACCAACACCGUCUUCGAUGCCAAGCGAUUGAUCGGCAGGCGCUUCAGCGACCCCUCCGUGCAGAGCGACAUGAAGUUGUGGCCCUUCAAGGUCAUCGCCGGCCCCGGCGACAAGCCCAUGAUCGUGGUACAGUACAAGGGCGAGGAAAAGCAGUUUUCCCCAGAGGAGAUCUCCUCCAUGGUGCUCACCAAGAUGAAGGAGAUCGCUGAGGCCUACCUGGGCACCACCGUCAAGAACGCCGUGGUCACCGUCCCCGCUUACUUCAACGACUCCCAGCGCCAGGCCACCAAGGACGCCGGCGUCAUUGCCGGCCUUAACGUCAUGCGGAUCAUUAACGAGCCCACCGCCGCCGCCAUCGCGUACGGCCUCGACAAGAAGGCCGGCAGCUCGGGCGAGAAGAACGUGCUCAUCUUCGACCUCGGCGGCGGCACCUUCGAUGUGUCGCUCCUCACCAUCGAGGAGGGCAUCUUCGAGGUGAAGGCCACCGCGGGUGACACCCACCUCGGCGGAGAGGACUUCGACAACAGGAUGGUGAAUCACUUCGUGCAGGAGUUCAAGAGGAAGCACAGGAAGGACAUCAGCGGCAAUCCGAGGGCUCUGCGGCGGCUGAGGACGGCGUGCGAGAGGGCGAAGCGGACCCUCUCCUCAACCGCUCAGACCACCAUCGAGAUCGACUCCCUAUACGAGGGGAUCGACUUCUACUCCAGCGUCACGCGCGCGAGGUUCGAGGAGCUCAACAUGGACCUGUUCAGGAAGUGCAUGGAGCCAGUGGAGAAGUGCCUGAGGGACGCCAAGAUGGACAAGAGCAGCGUCCAUGACGUCGUCCUCGUCGGGGGUUCGACCAGGAUUCCCAAGGUGCAGCAGCUGUUGCAGGACUUCUUCAAUGGGAAGGAGCUUUGCAAGAGCAUCAACCCCGACGAGGCUGUCGCCUGCGGUGCGGCGGUGCAAGCCGCGAUCCUGAGCGGAGAGGGCAACGAGAAGGUGCAGGAUCUGCUGCUGCUGGACGUCACUCCUCUCUCCCUCGGGCUGGAGACCGCUGGCGGCGUGAUGACCGUCCUGAUUCCGAGGAACACGACCAUCCCCACCAAGAAAGAGCAGAUCUUCUCGACCUACUCCGACAACCAGCCGGGAGUCUUGAUCCAGGUCUACGAGGGCGAGAGGGCGAGGACCAGGGACAACAACCUGCUCGGCAAAUUCGAGCUCUCCGGCAUCCCUCCCGCCCCCCGCGGCGUGCCUCAGAUCAACGUCUGCUUCGAUAUCGACGCCAAUGGGAUCCUGAACGUGACGGCAGAGGACAAGACCACCGGGCACAAGAACAAGAUCACCAUCACCAACGACAAGGGGAGGCUGAGCAAGGAGGAGAUAGAGAAGAUGGUCCGGGAGUCAGAGAAGUACAAGGCGGACGACGAGGAGCACAAGAAAAAGGUGGAAGCGAAGAACGCCCUGGAGAACUACGCCUACAACAUGAGGAACACCAUCAGGGACGACAAGAUCAGCUCCAAGCUUUCGCCGGGAGACAAGAAGAAGAUAGAGGACGCGAUCGAUGAGACGAUCAAGUGGCUGGAUAACAACCAGCUGGCGGAAGCCGAUGAGUUCGAGGACAAGAUGAAGGAGCUCGAGAGCCUCUGCAACCCCAUCAUCGCUAAGAUGUACCAAAAUGGCGGAGCUGGCAUGGACGAGGGUCGUGCCAAGGGCGGCGCCACUGCCGGCGCCGGCGGUGCAGGACCUACGAUUGAGGAGGUCGACUAAGUGUGAUAGGGUACCGAGUCGUCUGUUUCCGCCAUCAAAUCAACUGUGUUUUUUUCGUUGGUGUCUGGUCAUGUUUGACACAUCCUCCUACUGUUCCCUGUAAGAAGAUGACAAGCAAUAAAUGAACGCUUCCUUUUAUUGUCCCCUAA